GGGCAUUUCGUGUAUUGCUAUAAAUUUUGUGUAAAAUUGUACAUACCAUGCCUACAAAAAUAAACAAAGAUAUCUCUCAAGUGAUAUUUUCUAUCUUUAAAAUCUAAACUUUUGUAAAACAAAAUCUCCAACCACAGCUACCGCUGAACAUAACGCUUUAAAAAAAAAGCCAUAAAUCAACCAAAUAAUUAAAAAGAAAAAAAUACGCAGAACUUUUUUUGUAACGAAAAAGUUUUAUUACAAUUUCGAAAAACGAACGAACUAUGGUUUGAGUGUUGUGACGUCAGUGAGACAAGAUGGCGACGUGUCCUAGGCGGGAAAGGCCCGCGCGGUCGGCGUCUACCAGGCUGAAAUACUCGAAGACUGUACCAGCUAGUACUAUCAGCGCCAACACGGCGAUGGACAAUGACGUGACUCCAGUCUACCUGGCUGCCCAGGAAGGUCACCUGGCCGUGCUCAAGUACUUGGUGCUGGAAGCUGGUGGCCGACUGGAUGCCAGGGCUAGAGAUGGCAUGCUGCCGAUACAUGCCGCUGCGCAGACGGGGUGCUUGGACUGUGUUAAGUGGAUGAUAGUAGAACGAGGCGUAGAUCCAAACGCGAGGGACGGCGACGGUGCAACUCCACUCCACUUCGCGGCAUCUAGAGGGCACCUAAGCACGGUGCGCUGGCUGCUCAGACAUGGUGCUAGGUUGCACCUAGAUAGACACGGCAAGAGCCCCAUUAAUGAUGCCGCUGAGAAUCAUCAUUUGGAGUGUUUGAACGUGCUGGUAGCGGCGGGCGCGGCGGGGCCGGACAGCAAGCAACUCUCUUCGUACAAGGCGAUACACUCCUGCGCAUGUGCGCCGGGGGAGGCACGAUGCGCCUUACCAAACUGCAUCAACGCGAACGGGACUCGGUCCCCCUUCUACCUGCACGCGCCAGAGAGGGAGCGUCGCAAUUCCGUGCAGGAGCGGCGCGGGUCCCUGCCGUCCACUGUGGGUAGCAUCAGCUCGGCGCGCUCGGGCCCCGCUGAUGGCUUGUACGUCAACCCCAUGAGGGCUACUUCGACUAGUGUGACGCAUCAUAGCUCUUCAGGAGAGGAGAGUUCAGCCUGUUCAGCAUCAGACGCCGACAACUCUGGAGGGUGGUUCCUCCACAACAACAACACCAGUUCUGGAGCACCAGCAGCCUUGUACCAGCGAGUGAGGGACCUGUUCCACACGCGUUCUCCAGGACCCAGGGUCCCUGCUGAAGGGCAGGAAGCUCCCGCGAUGACUGUGAAAGCAGAAAUCCACGGCUCGGCAGAGGCGACGACUGUGCAAGAGCAGUCAGAUAGUGACAGCGGUGCUGAGGCUACUAGGCGUGAUCAUCAUUACGAGGAUAUCUACGUGCCUAGGGAGGAACAUCAGAGGCGAAGGAGCAGUUCUCGCGACUCCGGCAGCCACAGCAGACCCGGCAGCGCCGCUCUCGUGGUGGACUACAGCACGAAAGACAGUACUGAUAGUGCAAGCAAGGCAUACGAGGAGGUAUCUCCGGCAUCAGAGGCGCAGACCAAAUCAUCGAUAGCCACAAAACUGGCAGCUCUGACACAUAAGGCACAAAACUUUGCCAGCCGAAUCUCAUCAGCGGCUGGCAGCCGUCGCGCCUCAGUCUCAGACGAGGCGACCGUAGUAACCCAAGCUGCUUCAGCCUCAUCAGGCGUAUCCUCUGGCGGCAGUUCAGGAGACGAGGCACCUCCUCCGCCACCCCCGCCACCUGCACCGCCGGCGCCCCCUGCGCCACCACCGCCGGUGGUCUUAGAGGAACCGGCGUUGAAGCCGUCUGAAGUCCGCGGGAGAUUGGCGGGGCGACGCGGCUCGGCGGCGUCCGCAGACGACGAUAGACCGCGCGGGCCCAACCUCGUCAACAAGCAAGCCGUGCUCCCCUUCGUGCCUCCCGCGUUCCCGCACAACGCGCCCGACCGCCUUAUCAAACCCUCGGAGUAUUUGAAAACAAUCACGGCGCCGUGCAAGCGGGACGACAGCGCGGCGGAGGCUCGCCCUCCGCCGCCGCCGCCGGUGCCGGCCGACAACGUGCCGCCUCCGCCUCCACAGCCGCCCAUGAGCACGAACACACACCAGCCCCUGGCAGCCAUCAGCAGCGCUGAGCUCUCGGCUGUCAGGCUCAGGACACCAGCGACCAAGACAUUAUCCGCCCCGCCCCCCGCACGCUCCGUCAGUCUACAAUGUUUACCCAGCGCCGCGGAAAUAUACAAAAACGCCAAAACGGAUCUGAUAGAGGAACUGAAGAUGUCCAAGGAUAUAACCGGCAUCAAGAAGUUGAAAGUGGAACGUGCGCGUCGCGAGAGCCUCCAGGAUAAGGAGACAUUCACGGAGUUCACCAAGAGGUUCACCGCCGAGAACUUUGUGGAACAGGUCCCAGAACGAGAUGCAGCUGGGAACGUGAUCCCAGCCUGGAAGCGUCAGAUGCUGGCCAGGAGGGCUGCUGAGAAGGCCAGGAAGGACUUGGAAAGGGAGCUGGCAGGGGAAGCGGAGAGGAGGAGGGCGGCUGCCGUGCCUGCUUGGAAGAGGCAGCUGCUGCAGCGGAGAGAAGAGGCUGAGAGCAGGUUGAGAAAUUCCCUGUACACUCCGAAAGUGGAGGAGACGAAUGGGCAGUCGAACGGCGAAUGGCGAGUGUACCCGAGCGGCACCCAGCGAGCGGUGUCCAUAGACAACAUCAGCAUGUGCUACGAUACUCCCGCGCAGCCGCUGCGAGCGCCCUCAGAGGCUAAGCUGUCUAGUGAUCAUUGUAACGGUCAUUCCACAUCUAACGGCAAACACGAGGACGAAGAAGAUGAAAAGGCAAAAAUAAUCCCCUGGCGAGCACAACUGCGCAAGACCAACAGCAAACUCAACCUCCUCGAGUAGACCUUCUUAGAGGCAGUGCCAGUGUUGCCCACCUCUCGCGAGGGCCGCGUGUGGACCGCGCGGCAAGAGGCCUAAAGGCCUCGCAGCCCCAGACUUAGUCAAAUACGAAGAAACAAUGCUCAGACGAGAAACGAGGUUUAAAAUUUAAUUUAUUUAGGUUAGGGUGUAAUUAUUGCUAUUUAUUUUAUUUUUUAUUUCCACUCCUUUUAACGAGCAUUCGACGAGCCCAACGCCGCGCGGUUUCACAGCGGUAUUGAAAAGGCUAAAGUUUUUUACUUCUUAGUCAUAUUUGUAUCGUUUUCGUGAAGCAACGCCAUUAUGUAAGUUAUGUUCGUUGCUCGAUAUAAAUAUAAAACUUAAUAUAACGAGUCCAAAUAAUUGUAGAGUGAUUGUUAAGCGAAAUGUAUCGUAUUUAAUUGAUAACCGACAUUAUUGUAAGGAUGAUAAAACAAGUUUUUCCGAGUCGAUUAAGUAGAUUUAGACUAAAAGUAGAACUCCAACAAGUAGUUUUUUUAGUAUUUUGUUUUUUAUGUUUUCAAAAAUAUUUUUCUUACAUUUUUGUUUAUCAUUUGACGUUAACCUUUUUAUGUAUUUUCAACUAAAUUUUCAUACGUAUCUGGAAGUGAUCGAUAUGUAUUUUAAAUUUAGUAUAUAAAAUUUCGUUAACGAUUAAAAUAUGGUUGAUGUAGGUACUUAUUUUUACUGUAGUCAUGUAAAAAUGUAAAUCUACUUAUUACGGUUUUAAACAAGUUUUAAAUAUUCUAGUUGUCGAUAUAAAAGUCUAUACUACUUAUAUAAAUCUCCACGGAUAACAUGUUGAAUUCUAUCGAUCUAGGAAUACAAACAUGAUAAAUAAAUGAUCGAUACUCGAUAAAGAUUUACCGUCCACUCUAUAUAGAUCUGCAUUAAGUUAAGACGAAAUAAACGUUUAAAUAAAACAUUUUGCUCAAACUAGACAUUAAAAAAAUGCUAGGCGACCGCUAGCCUUAAAAAUUCGAUUACAAUUAAGGUUUUCACCCAAAAUAUUAAAUAUAUGAAUAAAAAUUAUAUAUUAAAAUGUACUUAAGGUUUUUUUAUAAUAAUGCAAGUGAUACCAUUGUUGCAAUAUUAGGUUUAAGCUAAAAUGUGGGCUUCUGCAAGUGUGACCCUCUAUUGUCUAUGUGUGUUGAUUUUAUUCAGUACUUCUGAAUCUUAUUGUAAUGUUGUUAAAUAAAACGCUAUUUGCUUAA